CUCAAAAACCAGCAUCAAAGUUCCCAAACAAAUCACCAAAAAAAAAUGGUAACUAUUCCAGAGUUAAUGAUAAGCUCUUCCGAAGGUGCCCGGCCUUGUCCAGUGAUUGCAAUGGGCACAUCAUCGGAAUCAGGCAUCGCAGGGAAGGAAGCAGUGUCACCAUCGACUCUAGUUGAAGCCAUUAAGAUGGGUUAUCGUCACUUUGACACUGCAGCACUAUACCGAAGUGAGAAACCCGUCGGGGAUGCCAUUGCAGAAGCUCUAAGAUUGGGACUUAUAAAGUCUCGAUCGGAGAUUUUUGUUACGACCAAGCUGUGGUGUAAUUCCGCUGAUCGCCAUCUUGUUUUACCGGCUAUCAAGCAGAGCCUCAAGAAACUAGGACUGGAGUAUGUAGAUUUGUAUCUUAUACAUUGGCCUUUUAAGCUGAUCCAAGACGAUAUGAAACUCCCGAUUCCAAACGAGUGCAUAGCCAGUAUCGAUAUAAAAGCAGUAUGGGAAAGCAUGGAGGAGUGUCAAAAUCUUGGACUCACCAAAUCAAUUGGUGUCAGCAAUUUCUCUUCUAAAAGGAUCAAAGAAAUUCUUUCGUUUGCCAAAAUCCCACCAGCUGUCAACCAGGUUGAGAUGAAUGCACUUUGGCAACAGAAAAAACUCAACGAAUUUUGCAAAGAGAAUGGCAUUGUUGUAACUGCUUACUCCCCAUUAGGUGCAGCUGGCAAUAGUGCAUGGGGAGAUAACCAUGUCAUGGAGUGUGAUGUUCUUCAAGAUAUUGCCAAGUCCAAAGGGAAGACAGUGGCUCAGAUUUCUUUACGAUGGUUAUAUGAGCAAGGUGUAAUUAUAGCAGUAAAGAGCUUCAACCCAGAAAGGAUGAGGCUGAACCUUGACAUCUUUGACUGGUGUUUGACUGAGGAGGAAUUGGGUAAAAUUGCCCAAAUUCCUCAGCGCAAGCUUGUUUAUCUAAUCGGAUCACUAAUGACUACCGAGCAUAACGAUUUAUUGGCUGAGAUCGAUGCAGACAUUGAUUGAAGAAAUAAUUUGAUCAGUUGAAGAUUAUGUUAUGAAUACUUAAUACGAUUUGAUGUUGCCAGUUUGGGAGUAUGCUUAUCUAUAAAUUGCUUAUGCAGGCUACAACAAUUUGAA